CCGAAAAGGAAACGAAGCCGACUCUGAGUGAAGGAUGUUUUCUGCUGCUCAUGAGUAAAAAACACUAUUGUUUUCGUGUUAGUGUUUAUAUUUAUUGCUCUGGUAGGUACAUGUCUGUUUCUGAAAGCCCGUUAUGUUCAUGGUUUAAGCGGGCUAUGCGCUGUAGCUAGAAUUGCUUUAAAUCUGCUUUAAUGCUAUUAGGUUCGCAGGUUUAGAGGAGUUUGAUUUCUAUUUUAUUGGACAUUUGUCCUCCAGCCCAGACCGUAAGCAUGUCCACAGAGGAUCUGCUCUCAGUGGAUUAUGAAGUGCAUGGGACAGUCCAGGGAGUGUUUUUUCGAAAAUAUACUCAGUCUGAGGGGAAGAAGUUGGGUUUGGUUGGUUGGGUAAAGAACACUCCAGAUGGAACGGUAGAGGGUCAGCUCCAAGGACCAGCGUCUAAAGUCCGACAGAUGCAGGAAUGGCUCCAGACCACUGGCAGUCCACAGUCUCGGAUCGUAAAAGCAGAUUUCAGUAAUGAGAAGAUAAUCAAGAGCAUGGACUUCAUGGAUUUCAAAGUUAUCCGCUAAUCAGUGCGGUAAAUGAAUGGACUGGUGAUAUGAAUUCUAAUUUUAUUUAAAGAUAUUUAGGAUAAGCUAUUUGCACGUUACACUGAAAAUACCGUUGUAAAAAGGCUGUACCCAACA